CCGGGAGAACAAUCUUAUCCGCUAUUUUGCGUCGCAGUUGUGGCCGCUAAUUUCCCCUCAAAAAAACAAAACGUCUCUGUAUUUCAGUUGAGUUAGGCACUUGCAAAGACUUGACAAGCCAUGAUCUGAGGUGUCUGCAUUUUCUCUGCGGACAUAGACUUGCCCUCCCACAUGCUGCACUCACACACACCAGUCAUGUCUGAAUCCUGUCUGACUGUGUGGGACUGGUUAAGUGUUCUUCGUCUGGAGCAGUAUUCCGAGGCCUUUCGGAGCGCCGGGCUAGCAUCGUUGCCACAAUGCCGCAACCUCACACCCGACACACUGGAUCAGAUGGGCAUCACCCUGCCAGGGCACCAGAGACGCAUUCUGGCUAGCCUGAACAAAACACAUGCUAAGAGUGACGCACAAUUUGACACAAACUCUUACAUCUUACCGUCUGAGAGAAACCAGGGAUCGGAGGAAACUGGACCUCCCAAAGUGUUGCAGAGAGAAAGACCCGUGCCUAUCCCAGUGGAAGAUAAACCUAAGGAAAGGUUAAGAGAUGGAGAGACAUCGAUGCCUAUACCCAAGGAGAGAGAGAAACCAGUUGCCAGGGAGCGUCAGGUGCACAGGAUGAAAGAGGACAGUGGAGAAGGAGGAGAGAAGAAGCCAGUUCCUGAACAAAGACAAACAGCACCUGGAGGAGAAAAGGAGGAGGAGAGGGAAGGGGGAGGAAAUGGAGGGAAGAGGAGGCCUGUGCCUAAAGAAAGGACCAGGUUUCGCUCCACUGCUACAACAGACUCUGACCCCAGUCAAGUUAUUUCUCAAACUGCUGACACUUCUUUACCCCCUGUCCCCCCACGAAGCACCCCCAACUGCCCUCCCCAGUGCUUCACCUCUCCCCUGAGCCCCUCACCUCCUGCUCGAACCCCUGCCUCCCCCAAACUGGACAGACAUGCAGUUAAAACCCCAACUGUACAGAGUAGAUCAGUGUUCCACAGUUCCCCUACGCAAACCCCCACACAUGCACCUCUCCAGCCUACUGAAAUCCCCUCUGCCCAAACUCGGCCUCAGACAUUAGCCAUUCAGCCGCCUGCCCAUCAUUUGGGUAGUGAUGGAGGAAGAAAAGCGUCAACCGCCUCCCAAAUUGCACCCCAAAGCGAUGAUGUAAUUGCCCCACCUCUUCCUCCAAAAGUAGGGACGGUACCUAAAGGCCCUCCACCAAUCCAACACCGGCUACCUGCACAGUCUCCCAGAUCUCACAGCCCCUCUCACAUCAAGACGGUCACUGAUGACAUCCAGAAAGACCAAACUCCUAUGGUCCCUCCUCGCAUCAGGACACCGCAAACUCUAGAAGACGCACAUCAGUCGACCCAACCAGUCACUCAGCCAGCACUGCCUGCAAGGAGAGUCCCCCAACCUCCCCGUGAAUCCAGGUUUGAUUCACUCAAUGAAAGCUCUGAUGAAUACGAGGAACCAGACUUCUUUAAGCCCAGUGUUAAUCGAAUGAACGCAUUCGAAAGGGAUAUGUCCCUGCAAGUGCCCGGCCAUGUAAAAGGAAGUCGCAGUUCUUGGUUCAGUGAUGAUGAGCAGUUGGAUGAUGAUGACCCUAGCACAUGGCAGGACGGGGGCAUUGGAAGUCAGCAAGGAAGCAUCUACCUCCCUAACACCGGCAGACUGUCCUCGGCUUCUAAAGACGACAGCUCUCAGCUUGCUGCUGUCAUCAAGAUGGGCUGGUUGGACAAGAACCCACCUCAGGGGGCCCUUUAUUAUCAGAGAAGAUGGGUAAAGCUGGAUGUCGACUACCUGAGAUACUUUGACAAUGAGAAGGAGGUGUAUUCCAAGGGGAUCAUCUCUACUGCCUUCAUUACCAAUGUGAGCAGCGUGGGGGAACUGAAGUUUGAGGUCGUCACAAACAACCGGACAUUUAUCUUCAGGGCUGAAAGUGAAGGGGAGAGAAACGAAUGGGUGGCUGUACUGCAGGACUGCACCAGGGGGCGCCAUCUGCGCAGCACCAUGAUCCCGGGCUCACCUUUCGCCCCCGACUUUCAGGGCAACCUGGAGCUCAGAGGGUUACGCUCCAAACUUUAUACUGUUGUUGCCUUAGAUAAAGUCUUUCUCUACAAAAACAUUGAGGACUAUCGUAUAGGAGUGGGCAUCACAUCCAUUGAGAUGAAUGUUGGAAAUAUUAAAGAAACAGAUCGUCGUGGCUUUGAUCUUACAACGCCUUACCGCAUAUUCAGUUUCAUUGCAGAGUCAGAGCAGCUGCGGGUGCAGUGGGUUGACUCCAUGCGGGAUGCCAUAGGUGAGGCGCUGUCAAAUAGCGAGGUGGCAGAUCGGAUCUGGGAGGAGCCUAGCAACAGUCUCUGUGCCGACUGUGAGGCUCCAAAGCCCGAAUGGGCGGCCAUCAACUUGUGUGUGGUGAUCUGCAAACGAUGCGCAGGAGAACACAGAGGACUGGGGCCUAGCAUCUCAAAGGUGCGCAGUCUGAAGAUGGACAGGAAAGUCUGGACAGAGGAGCUCAUACAGGUGUUCCUUUUGCUGGGCAACGAGCGGGUAAACAGUUUCUGGGCAGCUAACGUCCCGCCAAGUGAAGCCUUGAGCCCCUCUAGCUGCAGCGAAGAGAGACGCCGCUUCAUCACCAAUAAGUACAGGCAGGGCAAAUACAGGAAGUACCACCCUCUGUACGGAAACCAGAAAGAGCUCAACAAUGCUCUUUGUAUAAAUGUGCAGUGCAGCGAUGUGCUGGAGACGUUGAGCCUGAUCUUCUGCGGUGCAGAUGUAAAUUGUCCAACUGGUAUGCCAAGUGCACCCUCUGCUCUCUCCCUGGCCACUGCACACGCACAAUCUCUACAGGCGGAGUUAAUCAGCCACAACCUUAACACAGAACUUCCACAGUCAGAGGUGGGUGGAGGCAUGGAGGCGAGACAUUACUUGCCAGCACCUUCUGUGUCUUACAAUGGCUUCCUUUACAAGACUGCAUCUAUGGCCCGGGCUAUUACAGAGCGCAAGGCCAAAGAGGAGUUCAGUCGUCGCUGGUGCAUGCUGAAUGACGGCACCUUCAGCUACUAUGAGAGUGACAAGAACUCAAACCCCAACGGAGCUCUGAAGGCUUCAGAGAUCGUCUGUUUGGCUGUUGACCCGCAUGAUAGACAUGGGUAUGAACACACCUUUGAGCUGUACUCUGAGUCAGAGCGUCUCUAUCUGUUUGGCACUGAUGACCCAGGCAGCCACAAGGAAUGGGUCAAGUCUAUUGCCAAGAGCCUGAUCCCGUCCUCUGCAGAGCCGCUGCUGAGGUUGGCUUUUGAGCGUAUUGGACGGCUGAAGUGUAAAGACGGCUUGAACCUGCAAACAUCCAAGGUGGGCUGGUUUGCGCUGGUGGGCUCCACUCUUCACGCCUAUCUGGACGACAGCGAGGGAGAGGAGAUCCACCUCCGCAAACUGAAUGAGCUCUCAAUUCAACAAGAUAAUGAAGUGCUCGUUCUGGUGGAGAGAGGCAGGACUCUGUACAUAGAGGGAGAGAGGAAGUUGGAUUUUGCCGGCUGGUGUACGGCCAUUAAGGCAGCAGCGGGGAGUGGUGGAGACACACUGAGCCAGCAGCAGCUGACGGAGACAGACAUACCUGUCAUAGUGCACAGCUGCAUUGGCUACAUCACGCAGUGCGGCUUGACCUCUGAGGGGAUAUAUCGUAAGAGCGGUGUGAACUCCCGUGUGGCGGCGCUGUGCGAGAGAUUUCACCGUGACGCCCGCAGUGUUCGUCUGAGGGAAGGAGAGCACCAGGUGGACGACGUCUCCACCACACUCAAGCGCUUCUUCAGGGACUUAGAGGAUGGGCUGUUCACGUUAGAGGAGCCCAAAAGCUGGCUAAUUGCUGCUGGCAUUCAGGAUGAAAGCCAGAAAAUCUCCCAGUACCAGCUGCUGCUGAACAGACUUCCUCGUGUCAACAAGGCUACACUACAAGCCCUUAUCAACCAUCUCUUUUGCGUGCAGCGUUUUUCCGAGUGGAACCAGAUGAACCUCCAUAACCUGGCCAUAGUGUUCGGCCCCACACUCUUCCAGACCGAUGGGAAGGACUACAGUGCAGGCCGCGCGAUAGAGGACCUCAUACAGCACUACACACUCAUCUUUGAGGUGAAUGAGCAGCAGCUUAAGAAGCAGCUGGCAGAGAUGACUGUCAUCAUCGAAGUGCGAGAGAAACUCAACACAAAGUUUCCCAGCACUGAACCUGGAGGGCACUUCAUCUGCACAGUGUACUUGGAGGAAAAGAAAGAGACAGCAGAGCAACAUGUUAAGAUCCCUGGUUCCAUGACAGCAGCAGAGCUGACGUGUGAAAUCCUGGACCGGCGUAACAUCCGGGUUAAAGACAAAGAGUACUGGAACUGCUGGGAGGUCAGCGACAAGGAGGAAAUGGAACGCCCACUGCACUAUCAGGAGCGAGUGUUACCCAUCCUUCACUCCUUUGGCACCGACUCCCAUCUGCUCAUUAAGAAACACCUCGCUAUGGAACCGAUGAUGGUGUAUCUGGCCAGCAAAGUGGAUGUAUCCAAACACGGGAUGAUGAAAUUCCGAGAGGAGCGAAGCAUCUUGGGAUUGGGACUGUCCUCUGGAAGUUUCCACGACCGAUAUUUCAUCCUCAAUUCCAGCUCUCUCAGAAUGUACAAGGAAGUCAGAAGUAACCGUCCAGAGCGUGAUUGGGCGGUGAAAACCUUGAAGGUCUACCUGGGUAUGAAGAAGAAACUCCGUCCUGCUACAUGCUGGGGACUAACAGUGGUGUGUGAGAGUAAAAAACAAGAGAAGCAGGAGAAACAGCAGUGGUAUCUCUGCUGUGACACCCAGACAGAAAUGAGGGAAUGGUACGCUACUUUUCUCAGUAUCCAGUACGAUGGCAAUGUGUGGCCUCAGGACGGACUCCAGCAAACACGAGAGAGCCGCGUGUUGCCGGAUCCGCGUCACGGUAAUGUGUCAUUGAUACCGCUGCGUGGCAGUGAGAAUGAGAUGCGGAACAGCGUGGCAGCUUUCAGCCAAGACCCGCUUGCUCUCUUUAGAGACGUUCGAUAAUGGUUGCUGCAAGAGGGUGGACAGUCAGCGUCAGAUGACCUACAUCAUCAUUCUGCGACUAUAAUGGCCAGAAUGACAGACACUGUGUGUGGAUUAUGGCCUGACACUGCCAUCUGCUCCUUCUGGAUAUGAACAGGACCAAAUAGAACAGACAAUGAGGAUCACAUGUAAAAUAUGGCCGACACUGGUGUCCCUGCACAAAUGAAUUUUACGUGACUUGAUGUACAGCAGCAGCAGCAGCUGGGAGCGGUGGCAUUCAAAAUCAAAGAGCGACAUUAUGAUGGACUACAAUCACUCGCUUACUAAUCGAUGUCCGACAAGACUGCGCCCAAUGUUCCUCUGCUUCUGUUGGUCAGUGGCAUGUGACUCAAUCACUGCAUUGCAAUAUGGGACAGAAGCAUGAAGGUCAUGCUUAGAAAAAUGUCUGGAAAAAUGUGAGGUUAUUCUAGGCACUAGCAUCAAGUGCUUGGCCAUUUUUAAAUAGUUUAUUACUUGCAGUUGUGGCUGAAUAUGAUUUAUAAUUUAGUUUUUUUUUUUAAUGUUAGCUCUUUUUCUCUACUAUUGCUCAUGAAUUGUCAGGAUAACCCUGCAGUUCAAAACUAAGUAUUUGCUAUUGUUAGCAAAUCUGAUGUGACCUGGUUCUGUCCAGAGUUUGUUCCACAGGGACCGAGACUGAGAAAUGAGCGGUGAUGGAUACUGUCUGUAACUCCAUAGGACAUUUGCCUCUACAGCACAAAAAAAUGGUCAGUGGCAUAUUGGGCUCAUGUCCAUUUGUCUGCAUAAUGUGGACCAGAAUAUGUGAAAAUAUGCAUGUGUGAAUUAUGUCUUUUGAAGAAUGAAGGAAGAGGAGGUAUGAGCUACAAAAGGUUGAGGGCUAAAUGGCCUUUGCCUAACACUGUUUGAGUAAUUGUGAUGAAAUAGGAUAAGCACUUGGUUUAAUAUUUUACUUUUAUCAGAAUCAAGCAUCUUAAUCACAUUUCAAACAAUAAUCACUUACUGUAUUUAAAACAUUGUUCUUUGCUUUGGCCUAAUACGUAGUCUUUUAUGUCAACACAAUCCUCUUCACUGCCUCGUCUCUCUCUUUUUUUUGUAGAUAUACAGUAUAAAUAUACAUACAUGGGCAGAUUUGUCAUUAACCAGCAGUAUUUAUGAAGUUUUAGUUUAUAAACUAGCCACAUUGCAAUUUGAAAUGUGUUUUUUUUUUGUCUAGAAUCUUUGCAGCAGCAGUUUAUUCUAGUCAAAACAAACAUUUGAAACAUCUGUAACACAAGAAAACAUUAAAGUGCAUUAUAAUAUUUUAUCAUUCUUUCAACUUGGGUCCAAACUCAUUUAUAUUUUGUCAGGAGAGCCAUGAAGAAAUCGCAAUAAACUGCAUUAGGGUGCAACAGUUACCUUACCAGCAAGUUUUUCACCACUUUGCAGUGUUUCCUGUGCCACCUGUUGUAAAGACUUCCUAUUUAUUUGGACAGCAGAGGACGCUAGAUGCUACUCUGUGCUAGUGAGAAACUCUGAUGUUCAGAUAAAUGUUUGUUUUUAAGCACCUUUAAAUGUGUGUCCAUGCAGUUUGUGUGUAUGAGUUUGUAUGUCGUUAGCUGCUCUCCAGCCCAGACCUCAGCCGGAGUCGAGAGAAGACUCCACUUUGUGAAGUAACAUAAAUACACUCUGUAGAAAGUCAUCAUCCCCUCCAGGUACUUCUGUCAAUAUUCUUUGUUUUCCACAUUGAAUCAAAGUGGGUGAAUCAUAAGUCCUUUUGUUGACAUGGAUCAUGAUACAAUUAGGUACAAAUAUUAAUCACAAAAUACUUGUUUGCAUUAGUUUUCAGUCCUUUUGAAAUGAAGUUGCAUGGUAGGCAUGAUGCAUGUUUUGGGAUGAAAUUAAGGUUUAGACUGUUCUGCAAAGUUUAUUUGACAUUUUUGGGUAAAAAACACAUUUAGACCUUUCUGAUACAGUUAUAUUUAACAAAGAUAGUUUUUAAACACGGGAUACUUACACAUAUGUUUUCACUUUUGUGACUUCUAAAAACACUUGCCGUAGAUGAAGACCUAAUCUAUUAUUAAUAAUAUGUAUAUUUAUUUAAUCUUAUAUCGACAUGUUGAAGUGUCUCUCAGAUCAUUGUCUAAACCUGCUUAGUACAUCGCUGAUUCAAUGUAGUAAAACAAUGGUUUCGAAUAAAAGUCCAACAGGAGGUGAUGAAUACUUUUUUAUAAGCAGUAUAUAUUUUGUCCCUCUUUUCUUAUUUUUCUCAGCAUUUUACUGAUUUUGCAUCUAUGAAACUCUAAUAAACACAUACAGCUA